AUGGAUGCUGCCAGUGCUUUAGAUACGGAUGGAGAAUGCCCACACAAGCUGCUUCAGCUAUUUCCCGUUAGCUAUCUGAAUUUACAGGAUCUUCAUAUAGAUCAGCCGGCAUCGAGGGAACGGAUCACAGACGAUGCUCUUCUAAAUCUAGCUAACAGAGCUCAAGGAAACUUGAGAACUUUGAGUCUGGUCAAGUGUUCUAGGAUAACAGAUGAUGGUCUUAAACGUGUGCUCGAAAGAAAUCCAGGAUUAAUCAAGUUGAAUAUUCCAGGAUGCACCGGAUUAACUGUUGAGGGGGUCCUGAAAUGCUUGAAGAAUCUCAAGACUAGAAAUACACCAUCAGGUGGGAUUAAGCAGCUAAGAGUUGGCGAACGUUAUGAUGUGCAAGAGAUACACUUCGAAGAGUUGAAGUCCUUAAUCGGUGAGGAUAAUUGCACACAGAGGUCUAAUGUUAUAAAGCCGAGGUUCUAUGGGCAGCGGUACUUCCAGCCUUGCGGUGAUGAUGAUUGUGCCAUGGAUAUUGAGGUUUGCCCGAGAUGUCAGUUCUUCCGGAUGGUUUAUGAUUGUCCAGCAGAGAGUUGCCAAGGUAAAAAGUUGGAACCUCAGUCCUGCAAGGCAUGUAGAUUUUGCAUUUCACGGUGUCAUCAAUGUGGCCGGUGCAUCAAUGAUGUCGAACUUGAGGAAACCUUUCGUUUAGAGCCUGUUUGCUCAGAUUGCCGGAAUCAGUGUGUCAUUAAGAUUAAAGAUCCUAAUUUAACUGGGAUCCCGUCAGUUGAACUUUAUAGAACUUGA